AUUUAAAAAUUUAACAAUAUUUUCGGCCAUCGUUUUGCCCCUUCUUUAAAAUCCAAAAUUGUGUCUUUUUCCCUUCUCUAGGAAGCUCUAGAAGACGAUCAACCCUUCUUUCAAUGGGUUCUAUAAAUGAACCUUCGCUUUCCAGUUCCUUCUUCACCGAUUCCUCUCGUAGCUUCUAACACUCUUCUCACUGCUCUUUUCCUUGCUUCUAUCUGCUGCCGGAAUCUCCGUCUUCUUGUUCAUUCUGCAACCUGCUUGCUCGGUUCAACCAUUUUGAUCGUUGCUGCUUCUGAUUAUGGCGGAACCAAUAUACACUGUUGCUUCUGAUAGUGAAACCACUGGGGAGGAUAGAUCAGCACCAAUCUUUCCGGAAAUUGCUGUUGGAAUUGAUAUUGGUACUUCACAGUGUAGUAUUGCAUUCUGGAAUGGAUCUCAGGUUGAGCUUCUUAAGAACACUAGAAAUCAGAAGAUUAUGAGAUCAUAUGUCACCUUCAAGGAUGAUACUCCUUCUGGUGGAGUUAUUAAUGAGCUAAGCCACGAGUAUGACAUGCUCUCUGGUGCUGCAAUUUUCAAUAUGAAACGCUUGAUUGGAAGAGUUGACACUGACCCAGUUGUUCAUGCAAGCAAGAGCCUUCCUUUUCUAGUGCAAACUUUGGACAUUGGUGUUCGUCCAUUUGUUGCAGCUUUGGUGAAUAAUGUAUGGAGAUCUACCACUCCCGAAGAAGUUCUGGCAAUCUUUCUUGUUGAACUGAAAAUGAUGGCUGAACAUCAACUGAAGCGGCCAAUUAGAAAUGUUGUUUUAACAAUUCCGGUCUCAUUCAGCCGAUUUCAGCUUACUCGGGUGGAACGUGCUUGUGCAAUGGCUGGCCUUCAAGUCAGAUUGAUGCCUGAACCAACAGCAGUAGCUUUAUUGUAUGCCCAACAACAGCAGCAGCAGGCUGUACAUGAGAACAUGGGCAGUGGAAGUGAAAAAAUCGCCCUUAUUUUCAACAUGGGAGCUGGAUAUUGUGAUGUUGCUGUAUCAGCCACAGGGGGAGGAGUGUCACAGAUCAAAGCCCUGGCUGGAAGUCCUAUUGGAGGUGAAGAUCUACUUCAAAAUACCAUGAAGUAUCUUUUGCCAAAUGUGGAAUCUAUAUUUUCACACCGUGGAAUCGAUGAGAUCAGAAGGAUGGGGUUACUCCGAGUUGCGACUCAAGAUGCUAUCCACAAGCUUUCAUUCCAGUCAAGUGUUCAAAUCGAUGUGAACUUGGGAAAUGGGUCUAAGUUGUGCAAGGUUUUAAGCCGAGAGGAGUUCGAGAUGGUGAACAGCGAGGUGUUUGAGAAAUGCAAGAACCUUGUAAAUCAAUGCUUACAUGAUGCAAGAGUAGGGAUUGAUGAUUUGAGCGACGUAGUAGUAGUCGGUGGAUGUUCGAACAUACCAAAGAUCAGAAGUCUUCUGAUGCAAAAAAGCAAAAAGAAGGCACUUUAUGAAGGAAUGAAUCCUUUAGAAGCUGCUGUCUCUGGUGCAGCUUUAGAAGGUGCAGUAGCAUCGGGCAUUGCCGAUCCGUUUGGAAGUUUAGAUCUCCUUAGCAUCCAAGCAACGCCUCUCGCCAUUGGAAUUCGAGCUGAUGGAAACAGCUUCAUUCCAAUUAUUCCCAAGAACACUACAAUGCCAGCACGCAAGGAAUUGGUUUUCACAACUGUAAAAGACAAUCAAAGCGAGGCCCUGAUUGUUGUAUAUGAAGGCGAAGAGACAAGAGCAGAAGAAAAUCAUCUACUUGGCUAUUUCAAGAUCAUUGGAAUUCCACCAGCACCCAAAGGACUCCCUGAGAUUACUAUCUGUAUGGACAUCGACUCCUCAAAUAUGCUUAGAGUUCUAGCUGGGGCAAGACUCCCAGGCGCUCAUCACCCUGCAACCCCUUUCAUGGAAGUCAAGAUGCCGACCGUGGACGAUGGACAUGGCUGGUGUGCAGAAGCUCUGCAUGGAAAAUAUGGUGCUGCCAUGGACUUGGUUUCAUUGCAGAAGAAAAGCUAGGUGAAUAUCUAGAGCCCCUACUGUUCUGUUUCUGCAUUCACUUUCAUAUAUAACUCCUUAAGUUCAAUGCAAAUACAUAGUGAAAUAAUGUAUGGUGGGUAAUGUAAAUGUUACAUUUUCAUGUUAGUGUCAAUAGCUUCCUGGAAUAUGAACUACUGUGAUAGAUGAAGAAUUAGGGACGCUCUUGUUGGCGAUGCUGUAGUUAUUCAGUGUAAGUUGCAUCUACCUUGUUAAGUACAUCCUAGAUUGUAACAACAUGAUCUCUUUGUUUCCCUAG